UGUUGUGAUAAACUUAUUAAAUAGGGGUUUGUUGUCAGGGAUUCCGAAAAUGGCACAGAACACUAUCAUGCGGUCACCUGAUUUCUAUCCAGUCUUUGACGAUAGAACCAAAGGAUGGGAGAUCGUGCAGAUCUGGUUUCUUUUGGGGAUGCUCGCAUUUUAUCUGCUCGUGUGCCGUUUUCUGAAGCAGUACAUGGUUACCAGGAAUGCCUUUGAGAUAAAGGGGCUGAUGGUAGUAUAUAACAUCUUCUUAACAGCAUUGUCGGCAUACAUGUUUCACGAAUUCUUCAUUGCAACGUUCUGGACUAACGAUUUCAGUUGGUUCUGUCAACCAAUCAAUUCUGUGAAGCACAUCGAUGAUCGGUUGCUGUCGGUGUGUUGGUGGUACUACGCGUCCAAGUUCAUGGAGUUCUUCGACACCUGGUUCAUGCUGGUGCGGAAGAAGUUCAACCAGGUCUCCUUCCUCCACCUCUACCACCACUCUAGCAUCGCUCUCAUGACGUGGUACGCGGUGGUGUUCGUGCCAGGGGGCAGCACCUUCUUCGCCCCCCUGCUCAACUGUUUCGUCCACACUGUCAUGUACUUCUACUACCUCCUCAGUGCUGUGGGAGUGAGCCAGAAGUAUCUGUGGUGGAAGAAAUACAUCACCAAACUGCAACUGACGCAGUUCACCCUUAUCUUGGCCCACAGUAUCCUGGGUCUAUUCAUGAGUUGCGGAUUCCCCCGACACUACCUCCUUAUCCUUUUCUUCUACAACGUCUCCAUGUUUUGGCUCUUCUCAGACUUCUACUCCAAGUCAUACACUUCGAAAAAACAACAACAACAAAUGGCACACAAGCAACAACAACAGUUAGGCGAAAAUAACACGAGCAAGAGUGUAACGGGAGAGGAUGUUGAUGGGACCGAGAGACGAUCUUCCCUCAGACAGAGGUCAACUAAUCAAAAUUGAGAAACGAAGCAAAGAAAACCGAACUGAAAGUCAGCUGAGUUCAUUCAGUCGAACACGUCUAAAAAUUGAUGAUAUAAUUGAACGCUUGGUGUAAACUCCUCGUGUGUAAUACUUUGAUCAAAGAUUAUGUUCAAGCUCAAUACAAAUAAGUAUUGGUGUUGUUGUCGUGAAAUGAUAACAAGCACCAAAACCUUAUCAAAACAUACAAUGUAGCUGCACUCAGCAUGCACAAAUGCACGGUACGGUACAGUUUUAUGCUUAAAACCAACUCAACUCUGUUGUCACAAAAGAGCUUACAAUUUUCUCGACACCUUCUCUAGGCGGCUUUAGAAGGGAAAAGUUCCUUACUUCUGUUGAAAUAGGUCAGACUACAAUAUGGUGCCAUUGAUUUUUCUUGAAAUCUACGGGCUUAGAUGACUUUUAAUCAUGUUUUCGAACUAGAGCGCCCUAUUGAAAUAUUCUAAAGCCGCCUCUGAUUGAAAAACAUCUCAGCUCAUUUAUACAUUGACUUGUUAAGUUUGAUUAAUUACAUCUGAAAUACAGUUGAUUCUAACAACCUACCAAUGAUGAAUUAUUUUGAUAUAAGCAUGUUUUUGUUAUAACUGAUUUUGUGCAAUGUGUAUGUCUAUUAAAUUCGCAAAUUAACUACUUCAAAUUUCAGGAGCUAUGUGUGUAUAAUUUGAUGCGUGAUGUGUGAGUUUUGAAAAACGGAUCUCUAACUAUUUCCCUCCUAUGGUACAUAAUAACGAUUUGCCACCCCUAUAAAGAAAUAAUUCAGCGGUUAAGUGUAUGUGAAGUUUAUACUUAGUAACAACUCCCCCUUUUUUGCAAAGGGGGAGGUUGAAUAGUAAAAGAGAUCCAAAAAAUCAAUUAAUUUCCUCAAAAAUGUAAGCUUUCGAAAGUUUUAUUUGCAAUUUGAUUAUCAUGAUGUCACAACGUGUAUGGUUAAACGAAUAGAUUCGCUACCGGACGCUUGUUGCUAUUUUGUUUUAAAUGAAAGGCAGUAAAGUUGACGUUGAAGUGACUUGGUAAAACUAUACUAUAUGAUUUGCUAGAUUUCUGUGUCAUAAACUUCUGGUUAAGUGGUGCCAAAAUGUUCAUGCGCAAGCCUGUGAUUUACUUAAAUUUGAAAAACUAAGAAAUUAAUUUUCCACCUUC